UGUAGUUGAUCAAAACAAAAUCAACAAUCAAAGAAGAAGAAUUUAUUUUCCGCGACAACAAUUUAAAAACAAGAAAGGUUAUAAGUUUUUUUAAUUAACUUUGAUGCUUCAGUUUUAGAGAAAAUGUCCGAUAAUGAAGAAUCUUUGUGCAAAUACGGGACACCCCUUCCUGCCUAUGAUGAAGAUGAUAUUCCUUCAAAGAAACCUAUUUCCGUGGAGGAUCAAAUUGUGCUUGAUGUCAAUGGAAAACGUCGGUUCCAUGGGGCGUUCACGGGAGGCUUUUCAGCUGGGUACUGGAACACGGUUGGAUCCGCCGAGGGCUGGACUCCGACUGAAUUCAAGAGUUCACGAACAGAGAAAUCCGUGCCAGCUAAGAUGCAAACCGCAAUGGACUUUAUGGACGAUGAAGAUCUUAGCGAGUUUGGGAUCGCUCCACAGCGGGUUCAAGCCAGAGAUGAUUUUGCGGCGGCUGGAUCUAAACGGCGAAUAGCUCAACACCGGCCUAGCGAUGGACCGAUCCCUGGCCAACCGGUGUUACGUGCUUUGUUAGAGCCGGCCAAGGAAAAAACGGUUGUUCGAAUGCUCAAGCAGAUGGGCUGGCGCGAAGGUCAAGGAAUUGGUGAAAGGCAAACGAGAACCGAAAAAAAGAAGGCGAAGGACAGGAAUCAAAAAGAAAAAUAUGUAAUGAAAAUGUAUGGUUGCGAGCUUCCCGGAACGAGUUCGGGAACACUGCAUGAAUCAGACACAGAAAGCGAUUUAUCCGAUAACGAGGUGACUUUUGCCCCUGACGAUUUCGACCCUUUUGUGGCCUCGGUCAAAAUUAAUACAUUUGGAUUGGGAUAUACUGGACUGGCAAGGAACGAGGCACCGAAUUCACAAAGAUUCAAUUUGUUUGAAACUUUAGAAGUAGUUGAUAGAAACAACAAGAAGCUUUCUAUACGCGGUCAAGCUUUUGGAAUUGGUGCUCUGGAGGAUGACGAUGAUGAAGAUAUCUACUUUAAAGAUGAUAUGUCCAAGUACGAUUUUUCAUUAGAGAGCAGCUCUAAAAUGCCAGAAACUGUCAAAUCUAAAGAUCAAAUUGGAAAUAUUGAAGGCUUUUGUGCUGCUGCAAAACAAGGUAAACAAAUUAAGAAAGUUUUUCGUGUUACCUUACCUGAAAACUUUGUUCCUCGGAAUUGGUCACAGAGACGUACCCGAUUUGAACCUGUCAAUGAAGUAGAAAGUAAUCUGAAAGAGAAAAAUCAUUAUAAAAUUCAAGGACUGGGACGGCACGAUCAUGAUCCUAAAACUAGGGGAGCUAUCCUAGGAGAGGUUUCAAUAACUCCUGUUACAAAUGUGUUCAAUCAACGUGCUGAUAACUUGAUAGUAAAAAAGACUCUCGAUGCUGACAUGUCAGCAAAUACGAAAUCUGGCAUGAAAGAUGCACAUCAUUCGAGAUCUUUAGUAAACUAUUUCUACAAUGAAGGUUCCACUAAAGAUGGGUUUAAACCGUUCCUAGCCGAUGCGGAAAAACAAGAACGCUAUGAAAAAUUUGUUUUAUUCAAAACUACUGAAAAGUAUCCAUCUAGCGAAACUUAUCUAAACUCUUUGCAACCAUUAGGAAUGUCCACGUGGGAUAGAGAGCGUGAGUUCAAAGAAUUUGUUCAAGCACAGCGCAUGUAUCGUCCAUUGGAUGGCUUGAUGUCAGACCGUUUUGUAACAGAAUCAAAUGUAAUGGCCGAAAAAGAAAGCUCAAACAAUGAAAAUUUAACAGAUAUUAAAAUGAAACGUACAAAAAGUAUGUGGAAACCUAGCAAGGAUCUAUGUAAACGAUUCAAUGUACCCGAACCUUUUGGAGGUCUCAUGGAAGAAGAAAAAAUAGAACCAAAAGCGAAAUUUUCAGUGUUUGAUUACCUAGAAGCUCCGACCAACACCAGAGCAAAUUUUGUCACUCCUGUCGUUGUACCCAAACAACUCUCUAAGCCAACAGAAUCGAAAGAUGUUCAACACAGACGAUCUGCAAGAGAUUUUUUUGUCCCCAAACAGGAAGCGGAUCCAAAACUUUCUCCAGGCGUUGCUUCUCGAGCUGUUCCUGUCAUAGCUUCGACGAACGUUACAAACCAAAAAUCGUUAUCGCAGCUUGAACAGCAAGUUUUGGAUAGCGUUAAUAAAAAACCAGAGGAUAAAAAAGAUCUUUUUAAAUCAAUUUUCUGUAGCAGUGAUGAAGAAGAAGAACCGAUCAGUAUGAAACCUGCGGACGCAACUCAAAUUCAUCAAAAUGAAAAAUUAAAACUGAUUGAAAGCUUUACAGCAAUCAAACCGGCUAGUCAAUUGAACGUAUUACGGAAUAACUCUCCACCGCGUGGAAUUUUUAAGAGCAUCCUUGAACUUAAUCCUCCGCAAACUUUGCAUCAAUUGGAAAAAACAAACGACACGCAGAAUUAUACAUCCGAUUCGGAUGACGAUACGUCUGAAGACGAUGGCAGCUACGGACCAAAGCUGCCUUCAAGAAAUUCUCUAGUAGCAAGUGAUUCGAACAACACUGGCGUUUCCAUUAGUAAUAAUAAACUGGAUGUGCAAAUGCUUGGCAAGUCCAGUAGUAGCAGGCAUCUUGAAGAGGAGUGGGUCGAGAAGAAUAAACUAGCAUCGCCAACUGGAAGCAAGUCGAAAAAGAAAAAACAUAAAGAACAUAAAAAAUCGAAAAAGCAUAAAAAAGAUAAGAAAAAACUUAAACACAAGGAUAAACGUUAAAAGAUACUAAUAUAUGUACAUUUUAUUUAACAUUCGCUAUUUGAAUACAUUUCCACCCGAAAUCAUAAUGA